AUGAGCAUGCCACGGAACAUGGGAAUUCUUGGGUUUUCAAUGCUCUUCGGAAUGAUCGUACCUGAAUACUUCCGACGAUAUCCCGUGGAUACAGGAGUUCUAAUAUUUGACGACGUUAUCAAUGUGCUACUAAAACUCCAAAUGUUUGUUGGCGCAUUGUGUGCUUGUGUACUGGACAACACUGUAGGAGGUGCGACCCGAGAGCAACGCGGGCUUCGCUCACGAGGUAUCAUUCAUGAGAUCUCCAUCGACGAUGAUACUUACAGUUAUCCUCCUGUAAUUAUGAAAAUUCUGAAUAAGAUUCCAUUUAUCAAAUACUUCCCGUGUAUGCCGAAAGAGAAAAAGGCCACGAAUAAAGUGGCCGAGUUCUCUGCGGAUGAUCUCAAAGCGGAUGAAGUUCGAUUAUAA